GGCUGCCUCGUGCGCUGCAGGAAGCCUUCCACCGGCCUUGCAUCGUCUUCGUCAUCUGCCUUCCGACCUCUGGUCUCGCCUCGCUCGAAAUGGACCCCAACUGCUCCUGCGCCGCUGGAGACUCCUGUGCCUGCGCUGGCUCCUGCAAAUGCAAAGAGUGCAAAUGCACUUCCUGCAAGAAGAGCUGCUGCUCCUGCUGCCCUGUGGGCUGUGCCAAGUGUGCCCAAGGAUGUGUCUGCAAAGGGGCAUCGGACAAGUGCAGCUGCUGCGCCUGACGUGGGAGAGCCCUGCCCAGAGCAACCUGUACAAAGCUGGAGUUUUUCUCAUAUCGUACAACCCUGAUCCGUUUGCUACCUCCUUUUUUCUAUGAAAUGCAUGAACGAUAAUAAAUGGUGUUGACUUUA